GCGGCGGCGGCCGGUGGGUCCUCCGGGGCUGCGGGGCGGGGCCGCGGGGGGGCGCCGGCUGACAGACGGACUCCGCCGGAAUGGGGGGUGUGGCUGCCCAGCCGGGGUCCCGCGGGUGGGGGAGCGGCUCCGCGGCCACCGGCGGCCGGCCCCGCUCUGCCUGCUGCUAGAGAUGCUCUUCCUCUCGUUUCAUGCAGGCUCCUGGGAAAGCUGGUGCUGCUGCUGCCUGAUUCCCGCCGACAGACCCGGGGACCGGGGCCGGCAGCUGGAGAUGGCGGACACGAGAUCCGUGCACGAAACCAGGUUUGAGGCGGCCGUGAAGGUGAUCCAGAGUUUGCCGAAAAAUGGUUCGUUCCAGCCAACAAAUGAAAUGAUGCUUAAGUUCUAUAGUUUCUAUAAACAGGCAACUGAAGGACCCUGUAAACUUUCAAGGCCUGCAUUCUGGGAUCCUAUUGGAAGAUAUAAAUGGGAUGCUUGGAAUUCAUUGGGUGAUAUGACCAAAGAGGAAGCCAUGAUUGCAUAUGUUGAAGAAAUGAAAAAGAUUCUUGAGACUAUGCCAAUGACUGAGAAAGUUGAAGAAUUGCUGCAUGUCAUAGGUCCAUUUUAUGAAAUUGUAGAGGACAAAAAGAGUGGCAGGAGUUCUGAUGUAACCUCAGAUCUUGGUAAUGUUCUGACUUCUACUCCAAAUGCCAAAACUGUUAACGGUAAAGCUGAAAGCAGUGACAGUGGAGCUGAGUCUGAGGAAGAAGAGGCCCAAGAAGUAAAAGGAGCAGAACAAAGUGUUAAUGAUAAGAAAAUGAUGAAGAAAUCAGCAGAUAAUAAGAAUUUGGAAAUCAUUGUGACUAAUGGCUAUGAUAAAGAUGGCUUUGUUCAGGAUAUACAGAAUGACAUUCAUGCCAGUUCUUCCCUGAAUGGCACAAGCACCGAAGAAGUAAAACCUGUAGAUCAACACUUGGAGCAAACUGGAAAAACUGCUGUCUGUAUUCAUCAAGAUAUAAAUGAUGAUCAUGUUGAAGAUAUUACAGGAAUUCAGCAUUUGACAAGUGAUUCAGAUAGUGAAGUUUACUGUGAUUCUAUGGAACAGUUUGGACAAGAAGAGUCUUUAGACAGCUAUACAUCAAACAAUGGACCAUUUCAUUGUUACUUGGGAAGUGAUCCCAGUCAGCCCAUGGAAAAUUCUGGUUUUCCUGAAGAUGUUCAAGUACCUCCUGGAAAAGGCAACAUUGGGAAUAUGCCGGUGGUAGCAGUGGAAGGAAAAGGUGAAGUGAAGCACGGAGGAGAAGAUGGCAGGAACAACAGUGGAGCACCUCACCGAGAGAAACGAGGCGGAGAAAGUGAGGAAUUCUCUAACGUCAGAAGGGGGAGAGGGCACAGGAUGCAACAUGUGAGCGAAGGAACCAAGGGCCGGCAAGUGGGCAGCGGAGGCGACGGGGAGCGCUGGGGCUCAGACAGAGGCUCCAGAGGGAGCCUCAACGAGCAGAUUGCCCUUGUGCUCCUGCGACUGCAGGAGGACAUGCAGAGUGUCCUUCAGAGGCUUCAUAAACUGGAAACACUAACUGCUUCGCAGGCAAAAUCAUCAACAUUACAGACUAGUAAUCAGCUCCCCUCACAGAGACCAUCUUGUGCCCUUGAGAUAUCUCUGGGCUUAACUGCUACUCAAUGGCCUUUUAUUGCCCAGUGGCUGGUGCAUUUUUAUUAUCACAAGAAGGAGAAGAAAACUGAACUGAAGAAAAUGGUGUUUUACUCAAGAAGACUGCUGGGCCUGGAUGACCUCAGAAUGAAAUGGAUUGUGGCGUUCACAAGAAAGUCUUAGUUUGUGAUGAUUACAUUGCUUUUUAUUGUCCAGUAGUUUGGUUUGUGUACAUAUAUACAUACAUAUUUUGCACUACACAAAUGAUAACAUUUUAAGGACUAAUAUCACUGAUACUUGAAUAAUCAAUUUCAACUAGGUUAUAAGUCGCAUACAUAGAUUCACCCUACCCUUGAACUUGAAGGACAUUAAAUUAUUAAUUAUCGUUUGGUAACAUGUUUACCUGAUUAUCUCCCAUAGAGAAAUAUAAGCUGCUUUUCCAAGGUACAGUUGUGAUAAUGAGAUCAGAUUUAUAAGUGGGUAUUUUUAAUUUUAUAAAUUAAAUACAAGAAAUCAGGAGUGAAUUUCAAAUGACAUUAAAUCAACUUUAUAUCUUAGUCACUGAAUUGCUAUGCCAAGUAGUAGAAAACUGCUGGAAGAAUCUUCUUCCCCUUCACCUUGUGGGCUUCCCAUGAUCUUUUUUGGGCAUUCGCAGCCCUGCGUUUGGUGUUCAGGCAUCAUUAUUAACAAGUAGAGCCCUCUGUAGUAGGCUUAGUUUUUACAAAUGAUUCACGGAAGUCAUAUAACCUGCUGAUGGAAAUGUCUAAGACUGAGCAUUAUAUAGGUUAAAAGUAUAUUCUGAGCCUGCAGAUGACUAAUAUGAUUUUUAUUCAGUCAUUUACAUUUAUUCCUUUGUAAUCAUUUUUCUUUAACUGAGCAUAUCUAGUGUCUGCUUCAUAGGGUGCUUUGAAAUAUAAAAUGAAAACCUAUUUAUACUGUUUUUACAAAGGUCAAAAAAGAAACAGAUGAAAAUCAUUUUUCUGCAACUGGUGAACUAUAUAGACUGGACUCUUAACCUCUUAGUGCCUCAGUUUUUCCUUCAGGUUAUAAUACUUUAGAUAUACCUACUUUACAGGGGUAUUGGAAGGAUUUGCAAGCUCAUAAGCCAUAUCCUUCCGUAUGAACAAGACAUGCCUAACUAAUGGAAAUCUAAGUCCCUCUACCCCACCUCUCACAUUUAAACCAGAAAGAAGGCUAUAAUUUAGAUCCUUGAAGACUUUGUUUGGAAAAUCAUUCUUCUUGUAUAUCUUCUAAAACUCCCUGCUCACUUAGAUGUACCUUGUACUUUGAAGAUUUCUUUGAUUCAUAUGCUUAUAACAAAUAAUUUUUCUUUUUUUUUUUUUAUUUUUUAUUUUUUUUUUAUUUUUUACCAUAACAAAUAAUUUUUAAGCAGCCUUGAUAUGUGUGAUGUUGGGUUUAGCAUCAUGUAUUCAGAGUGUUUUAAAUAAGAGGAAAAGAAUUAAUCCAUCUCUAAUAUUACAGGAUGGUUCUUUGUUUGCCUGAAAAAAAGUAUAAGACUAUAAUUUGCUUUUCCCAGACUCUUUUUUCCUUUCAUGUAACUUGCUGGUUUUUACUUUUUAAUCCCAUCUUGAUUAAAAUUUGUCUGUCUAAAGGGAUCUACUAUUUGUUUUUAAGUAAUUGUCUUCUAUUUAGAAAAAAAAUGAAGGAAGUAACUGACUUAUAUGUAAAAAUAAAGUUUAGACCUGUAGAUCAGAGAUAUUUUCAAAAAUUAGAUAUUAAUCUGCUGUCAGAAAAGAUGGCUUUUCUCUUAGAAUAUAAAUAAAUCAAAUGCAAAUUAAGAAUAUGAUCAUUACAAGCAGCCAGAGGUAACUAAAUCCUAGGGAUAACGGUUUGUAUCCUGUUCCAAAGUCUUAUUUUACAGUUUGAAAAGCACUUUGCACACAGUUCUUGUACAUAAAAGUAAAGAUGUAAUUAUAGGGUGUAGUGUUCCUGCUUUGUUUAACAAGAACCUCAUUUUAAAAUUUAAAGUGACAGCUACGGUAUUUUUUUAAUGAUUGACUUAUUUUCUGUUUCUUUAUUGUAAAACUAAGUUAAAAAUAAAAGGUUAAUGAGAAAU